UCGUGUCUUUGCAUCUGUCUCUGUCUCUGUCAGUCUUCGUCUUUGCAUUCGAGUUUGCGCAGGCGCAGGUCUAUCCACUUGAAGUUAUAUAUCGAUCGAUUGUCGUAAGCCCUUCCUACAAUGGCCAACAAGAACGCAAAGUCUCUCUACGAGGCUAUUCCGGAAUGUAUUAGCGGAUGCUUCGACAUCAGUGUUGCUACUACUGGCUGUGCCAAGGACGACUACGACUGCUGGUGCUAUAAGCCGAAUCAUCAGACCAUCGUUGAUACAUUGGAGCAAUGUCUCUCAAAUAAGGAAAGGAAGACGAAAAAGAAGUGUACUGAAGAUGACGAGUUCGAAUAUGAGAAUAGUUACUGGAAGAUCUGCGAACAAUACUGGGAACCUUACGGAACUGCUACCGAACCAACAUCAUUCUCAACUGCUGUAUCAUCUACAGCUUCAGCAGCGUCGACAACACUCAAGGUCUCGACAACAGUCGCCACUACUGCAUCAUCUGAAGAGACAGCCGCCGCGGAAGAGUCUACCUGGACGAGCCUUGCACCAACUGAGACUGGCGAUUCCGAGCAAGCACAAGCAUCUGACGAAGCAGACGCAGUGACGCCUACUCACAGCGGUCUAUCACCAGGAGGAAAAGUCGGAGUGGGCGUUGGUGUUGCAAUUGGUGUUAUCCUUAUCGGUAUUGCCGUCUUCCUCUGGCUGCGCGAGAGGAAACGAAGACGCUCAGUCGAGGAGCAGCUGAGAAUUGUCGAGAUAGAGAAGGCCAACGCUUCUCAAGAAGGAUACUAUGCUAGCAAGGGCUUGUACGAGAUGGAGGGCGAUCGACCUCAUGCGGAGGAACUUCGUGGAUGUAUGAGAACGCCAGAGCUUGGUGCAGCAGAGACGACAAAGUCAAGCAGCGUGACACACGUCGGACCCGUGAGUCCAUCUGAUAACGAUAGGGACUCGUCGUUCUCGACACGGAGCCAAUCGUGGCCUAUUUCUCCUGAGAGUCCAGGUCGUCAGGAGUCAAGGGGUUUGGGUGAGAUAACGGACAAUGAUACGGCCAAGCCAGCUGCUCCUUGA